UGGCAACAGCCGGGCUUGGUUUUAUGCCGCAAAACCCCGCUGAUUCUGCGAGUUCCAGGUCAACCGACGAAUGCUGCCAAGGUCAUCAUGAUCAUGGUGGCAAGAACAAACAAAUAACGAUAUUUGAUAUUGUAAAAGCUGGUGCAUUAAUUCCACUGCAGACGUUGGUCGAGGCCUAUGGAUUGGAGGUGCUGAAGCAGCGAGACGAGAAGGGUCAUACACCAGCUCACUGGGCCGCACUUGGUGGCCACACAAAUCUCUUACGCUACCUGAUCGAAAUCAAGGGGCCAGUUGAUGAACCCAGUGACAAUGAAUUAGGACAGCGGCCAAUUCAUUGGGCGUGCGUCAACGGUCAUGUGGCUGCGGUGGACAUUCUCUGCCAAGCUGGAGUGGAGUUGGAUGUUAUGGACAAUAAAGGGUGCACACCUCUGAUUGUUGCGUGUCAGUACGGGAAAACCAUGCUGGCUGGUUAUCUGAUGGGAAAAGGUGCUCGCUUACAGAUCGUUGAUCGAGACGGUGAUAAUGCUUUGCACUGGGCUUCAUUUAAGGGUCAUGCCGAUUUAAUGAGAUUACUCAUCUAUUCUGGAUUCAACCCGAAACAGCUUGAUAAUUUUGGUCAAACUCCUCUGCAUUUAGCGACUAUAAAUGGAAACUUGGCCGCAAUUAAAGAACUAGUUGAAAAGGAUAAUGUCAGCAUAGAUUUGAAGGAUAAGAACGGAAAGACUCCGUUGAUACUAGCGAAGGGCAGGAAACAUCAUGAGAUUGUGGGCUAUCUGAAUGGACGUUUGAAGGCCAAGACAAGUUUGCUGCCCGAGUUUAACUUUUGGAGUUUAGUAUUCGGACCCCCAGGCCAGAGCAAGGGGCCACUCAUCUUCUUUCUUGUCAAUGUGAUAUGCUGGGGCUACCCCAUGUAUCUUUGGAAGGCUAUUCCACUGACAUGGUAUGACCUCCAAGUCUUCCAUAUCAUCUUCAUGUUACUCAACGUAGUGAUGUGGUUCUGCCUCUACCAUGCCAACAGCGUCGACCCAGGAUUCCUACCGAGAAAUAUACCCGAAUAUGACUUGGCCAUCAGACAGGUUGCCCAUUUUGAUGAGUGGAAGCAGGGGAAGAAUCCCCUCAGUCGUCUCUGUCAUACUUGUCGAACUAUUCGUCCCAUCCGAGCCAAACAUUGUAAGAUUUGUAACCGAUGUGUGAAGUUGAUGGAUCAUCACUGUCCAUAUAUAUAUAACUGUGUAGGAUAUAAUAAUAGGAUAUCAUUUUCAAUCUUCAUAGUCUGUUUCACAAUCGCUUUCUACCUCGUCCUGUUGUUUUGCCACCAAGUCCUAACGAUCGGAGGGUGGGACUGGGCAGUUAUAACGGGCACGUGUGAAGCGGUCUUUGCUAGCGUUGUGGGAACGGUAGUCUCGUAUUAUACGAUUGUCAAUGCGCUUGGGAAUCUGACAACAAACGAGCGAAUCAACCGUAAACGUUACAACUACCUUAAGGACGCCCAGGGAAAGUUCUUCAACCCGUUCGACCGCGGCAUCAAGAGCAACCUCAAGGAAUUCUUCUAUCUAAAACGACAUCUGACGGAAGAUGAGGUCGAAUUCAUGAAUGUCAAGGUUGUUUGAAUGUCAAGGUCACUAUUCAUGUAUGUCAAGGUUGUCAGACUUUGAACUCAUGAAGGUCAAGGUCGUAUUAUGAAUGUCAAGUCAAGGUUGUUUGAGGUUGAAUUUAUGAAGGUCAAGGUCGUAUUCAUGAAUGUCAAGGUUGUCAAGAGUUGGAUUUCAUGAAGGCAAUGGUUUUAUUCAUGAAUGUGUAGGGAGAUCAGAGUUUGAAUUCAUGAAUAUCAAGAUUGUUUUAGGUCAAAUUCAUGCAGUUGAUGUCAUUUCAGUCUGGAAAAUAUCUCAUCAGCCACAUGGAAAGGCUUAACAGCACCAAGGCUUGAUGUCUUCACAAUCAAAAUUCCAAUGACUAGUCAGAGUAGUUUUAAAAACAACUUAAGUGUUCCAAAAGCUAGUCAGACUUUAGAAUUAAGCACAUGCGUCAGUGAGGGAGUCUCAUUUACAGUAUUGGGGGACUGAAGGAUUAGCCCUUUCUGCUCUUUUGACAAAAUGCCUCUUAUUUCACCAAUCAAACCGAGAUUGAGGUCCAUUUUUUCACAGUGAAUUGUUGAGUUGCUGCUCACGUUGUUCUCAUAAUGUAAGGUAGAAUGGGGUAUUUGUAGUCCCUGCCUAUGCUAUUGAUUGAUAUCCUCAUGCAUCAAACAAUGCAGGGGCUACAAAUACCCCAUUCUACCUAAUAUAAAUGUCUUUUUCGGACUUCCAAACUAAUCUGUCCUAAUCAUAUGGGAAAUGUGUGUGAAAUUAUUCCUUCUUGUAGCUCUUUUAGAUACAUGUAAUUCUAUUUCAGUUGCUGUAGUAUCGAGCCAAUAUGCCAUAUAUUAACCCUUUUGCUGAGGCAUGUCAUAUCAUGAGUCUUCUUGGCGCAUAGCACUCCAUGCUGUGAUACAAUUUCAAUUACAGUAGAACCUCUCUAAUAAGGACACCCUCGGGACUGAGAAGUGCUGUCCUUAAUAGCGAAGUGUCCUGAUUAGAGAGGUCGAAUUGAAUGGCAACACAAAAUUUGGGACCAAAACUAGUGUCCUUAGUGGAGAGGUUGUCCUUAAUAGAGAGGUGUGCGCUAAGGGAGGUUCUACUGCAAUUAGCACUUGGUUGCAGCCUCUCUAAACAGGCCGCACACACUCGGGGAAACAUAAGUGUUAUCAAAAUACUAUACAUGUAGAUUGCGAAACUUUUGUAUGGGCGGUUAUUACCGCAAAUAAAGACAAACCAAAGCAAAGACACUUGUGUAGCAUAUCUAGGACACGUAGAUUGAUACUCCUAUGUGUGCCACAUCAAAGACAUCUGGACCAUACACCACGUCAAAGAUAACGAUGCGAAGUCAACAGGCGGCGCCACUGUAGAUUGCUGGCGGCCGUAUGCCUGUUGACGUUGUCGCAUCGUUAUCUUUGACGUGGUGUAUGGUCCAGAUGUCUUUGAUGUGGCACACAUAGGAGUAUCAAUCUACGUGUCC